AUGGGUGGCCAAAUAAUACUAGUGAGCAUAGAGGCUGAUAAAGAGAUUACGGAUUAUGCACUUGAAUGGGCAGUUCAAAAUGUAAUCAAGCCUAUGGAUUCACUAGUAUUACUAGCGAUUCUCCCUUCUCAUGAAUCUAAUUCGUUUUCUGUCAAGACUGCUCAACCCCGUCACACUUCCAAGGGAUUCUUUUCUCGCUUAUUGAAGAAACGAAGUGCUGCAAAAAACAACGUGCUUGACAAGGUCGGAUUUGUAGAUGAUGGACGUGAUAUUCCACAACGAGUUUAUAAUGUGUGUACACAAAUGAUACACCAUCUGUUCUCCCUUCACAAAGUUGUCAAGGUUCACACUGAAGUGAAAGUCGUGGCGUAUACCCCAGUUGGGUCAGUUGCAAUGAUAGCCACUGAGCUUCAUGCAAGAUGGGUGAUACUUGAUCAACGAUUAAAUGAUGAAGCAAAUUGUUGCUUAGAGCAGUACUUGAAUAGCAAUGUUGCACUCAUAGACGGUCCCUUUCACAAGAUCCUUAGAUCAGUGACUUUCCCACUUACCAUGAAUGAUCAAGAGAAAGUCUCUAUGGGCGAUAUGCUAGGCUCUUUUCCAUCCUACAAUCAAGUUAACAACACAAGUCUUACAGUGUCAGAUUUCACUCCAAGCUCAAUUAACACACAAAACGCUUCAUCGUUUUAUUCGACUUCAUCAUCCACUUCAGCGGGAUAUGUUCACCAGAAAACCAUGCCUCCCCUACCAAAGUAUACGCCUUCUCGUUUAAAGCAGUAUCCGACAUCACAACACUUAAGUCAGACUCAUGGGUUCAGGAAUAAGGUCCCUCUUAGAUCGGUAUCUGGCCCUAUACAAAACGGCAAUUUCAUGACAGAAAAAGAUGAUGGAGCAGAUACAACAAGAAAGGUAGACAUGAAGACGGAUACCUCAACAAAUCCAUAUGCAGCAAGGCAAUCGGUAGACUUUAGACAGUUGGGCCAAAAGGGAAGGGAUCAAAAUGAUUCGGGCCAAAAAACAUUAAGAAGGGUAUCAUUCAGUCAUGAAAUAUCACCAACCAUUGACAGAACCUCGAGCGUAAGAAGAGACAUAUCUCUCGCACGAAAAAAGCCAGCCAUACCUCCGCCUCUUUGUUCGAUUUGCAAGCAUAGUGCUCCUGAUUUAGGUAGAUCACCAAGAAGGUUCAGCCAUGAAGAGAUUGAGAGCGCGACAGAUGGAUUUUCAGAAAGUAACUUCUUGGCAGAAGGUGGAUUUGGUAAGGUAUAUAGAGGUGUUUUGAGCGAUGGACAAGUUGUUGCAGUGAAACAACGGAAGAUGGUAAGUGCACAAGGUGCAGCUGAGUUUUGUUCGGAAGUUGAAGUGUUGAGUUGUGCACAACACAAGAAUCUGGUCAUGUUGAUUGGUUAUUGCAUUGAGAAGGAAUGGCUCCUUGUAUACGAAUUUGCUUGUAACGGAUCUUUAGACAGACAUUUAUAUGGAAAAGAGGAAGGUGAGGUGUUGACAUGGGAUAACAGAAUGAAGGUCGCAUGUGGUGCAGCAAGAGCGUUGAGAUAUCUUCAUGAAGAUUGUCGUGUCGGCUGCAUAAUUCAUAGAGACUUCAGACCAAACAAUAUACUCUUAACUCAUGAUUUUAAGCCAAUGGUAGGAGACUUUGGACUGGCUCGAUGGCAAGCAGAUGGACAAACAGAGGAAGAAACACGUGUUGUUGGCGCAUUUGGGUACUUGGCUCCUGAGUAUACACAAACUGGUUUGGUAACUGAGAAAGCCGACGUUUAUGCAUUUGGGAAAGUCCUUUUGGAGAUCCUAACUGGGAUCAAAGCAAUCGAAUUCUCAAGAACUACUAAGCAGCGGUAUUUUGUUGAAUGGGGACGGAAUUUUUGUGUAGAUAGUGAAGUAAACAUAGAAAUGAUUGAUCCUAAGCUAGGAAACAAGUAUGACGUGAAAGAAGUGAAGAAUAUGAUGUAUGCAGCCAGUUUAUGUAUAAUACCUCAACCUGACAAUAGGCCAAGGAUGUCUAAGGUUUUAAGAAUAUUGGAAGGGAAUUUUCUUCCUGAAAAGCUUGAUCAUCGUCAAGAAGCAAGUUUAGAAAGCUACGAUUCAAGCAGAAAUAUAUUUCCAAAGAAUCAAGAAAGAGGUCAACAUCAGAAAAAACUGAUACAUACUGUAACAAAACUAAGUUCAAUUACACCCAAAUUGGAUAAUCUUCAAGAUGCCAUCUUUAAACCGAAAACACCUCCACAUAUGAGAACCGACAAAUAUGAAGAAUACUUACAAGGAUCACUGCACAAGCAUAUCCAGAGCUUCAGCAAGAAGUAG